AUGCCGCAGCCGAGCCACAAUACAGCACGCAGUGCGCGCCGUCAUUGGGACCUGGUCUUGAAAUCCAGCCACGACGACGAAGUGCUGGUCGAUGACAAUGGUCUCGUGAACAUCGCACUCACUAAAACAGGCCAAACAAAGAAACAGGAGCUGGACCUCGGAACGGAGCCCCAUUGCUGA